AUGAGUGUAACAGCUAUUUCAGACGAAAAGUUCGGUGAAAUAAUUAAUCAAAAACCAUCAUCUGUUGGCCAUCGUAUUCAUGAAUUAUUAGAUGAUACUAUUUUUUUCUUAAAUCAACAUUAUGGAAUUAAGGAAGAACAAGGAUCACAAUUGGAUCAACUGAUGAAUCAAAUAAAACAUAUUUGCUUGGAUGUAAUGCAUAAUAAUGAAUUAAUGGGUAAUAAAAUUUCAAUUUUAGAAGAUCGUAUUCAACAUUUAGAAAAUAAGCAAAAUACAUCAAACAAACUUCGAACAACGGCAGAACUUUUGACUCCAAUCGUGAAGGAUAUUCGAAAUUCAAUGAUAAAUCAACAAAUUUCUGAUAAUUAUCAUUCGCCACCAAUCAUUAAUGCUUGUAUAUUGCAUUUAGAUGGGAAAAAUAUGUCAUGGGAAAUAUCAGAUUUUAAUUUCGAUAAUCGACGAGAUCAAUUCAACAUUGAUAAAUUUCAUCAAUUUGAAUCAAUUAUUCAACAUCAUGGAAAUAAUUUAAGAGUUAGUUAUCGUAUAUUGUUAGAACUCUUACGUGUCAAAUUUAAUCGAAAUCAAUUAGAACAUGAAUCAAUUAAAAAAAUUUUGCGUUAUCGUUCAGGUCGAGAUUUAUCAGUAGCACCAAUUGGAACAAAUGCAGAUGUAUGUACAUUUUUCGGUGAUGAUAUUAAAGUAUGCAUUGAAGGUGUUGCUGAAAUGCGAGUUGUUUUGCCUGUAUUCGAUUGA